AUGACCAGUUAUCAAGGUUUAAAUUACACAGCCUUGAACGUUUCUUCCAAAUGCCACGCUGGCCAUCCAGGUCUCGGGAAGCUCAUCGAGCAGCUUCCCGAGGAGGAAGCCCAGAAGGACGUCUGGCCGUAUGCAACAGCCAUAAAUCUGGCGGCUGCAUUGCAGGUGCCUUUCCAGAUGCAGGGUGAGGGCCUUCGACCCCAACCACGGGAGAAGAUGCCGCGACUGUGGCUCAGCGCCUGGCACGUGCACGGGGAGGCGGAGGUCCCACGACCGCUGUUGCUGCGUGGAUCUGCGGUCCCGCGGUUGGCGCUUGCAGUGCUUCUGCGCGGCUCACCGGCCUCAGCCGUCCAGAGCUUCCUGCGUUACCACAUAGCCCAGGGCUUCGGACUGAUCUUACUGUUCUUCGAUGCCCCAAACGAGCCGACUGAGCAGGAGGCAGUGGCCAUUGCCGAGGCUUUGGCUGCAGCCCGAGGUGGCAUUGUCGUCCACCUGUGCACAGAGGAUUGGUGGAGCUCAACGCUUAGCAGUUCUCGCUUCGCUCUGCGCCGGCGCGAGAGUGCCUUUUGCGAAGAGACCAUGCAGCUGUUCGAGACCGUCCGUGAUGUCCAAAGCCGACAGUGCCUGGCGGUCGAUGCAGCCGCCCGUGAAGCGCAGAGACGCGGCUUCGAUUGGUUGCUCCACAUUGACUCGGACGAAGCGCUGCAUCUGCCAAAGCAUGCCGAUGCAAGAGGCUUCUUUGCGGGGUUGCCGGCUGAUGUGGACCAGGUGGUGUUCAAUAACUUGGAGGCAGUUCCCGAGUCUUUCGACAUCGACGACUGGUUCAAGGAUGUGAGCCUUUUCAAAGUGCACCAAAAUCUUCUUCGGGACACCACGGAGGCCUCGAGCAGCAAGAAGUAUCUCGAGAAGCUGGAGAGGUGGAGGCAGCGCCAGAUCGCCAAAGGAACGGACCCAGAGGAUAUUCGAACGAACCGCAGCUUCGACAGCGCGCUGCUGCCGGUGCGGAUCGCCAGGCGGAAGGCCGUUCAAGAGCUCCGCCUCGUACUGCCCCCCGGGGAGGAUGGGGAUGAAGAGCCGUUCGACUCCGACGAGGAGGAGCCGAGCCGGGGAGCUCGGAGGGCCGAGUUCGAAGACUUGCCGUGCUACUUCGUGGCCUACGGAAACGGGAAGGCUGCAUGCCGCUUGAGAUCUCCACCGCCUUUGCCGGUGGGCGUGCAUCGAUUCGGAUCAGAUAGCAACGAGAGGCUGCGCAGCCAGCGCUGCACGGGCUAUGGCGCUCCGGUGAUCCUGCACUAUGCGAACUGCGGCUACAAUUCGUGGCGGAGGAAGUACGAGAUCCUUGCGAGCGGACAUGGAACUGAGGAUGGCGGCUUCUCUAUUGAGCGCAAGGGCAUCAAGUCCAUGCGCGCUCACUUGGCUCACCGCGCGCUCAGCCAGCGUGGCAAUGAGGAAGAUCUCGCGAAGUAUUACCGCACCUACAUCAUGGGCAAUGAGUUUGGCGAGUUGCCGCACUUUGCCUGCCAUGGACUGGUGACGCGGAUUCGCAGCGUCCAACGCGUGCUGAGAGAAGAGGAAGAAAAGGAAAAAGGGCUCAGAGGGUUGAGGGCAAACACCGCCCGGCAAUUUAUGGUGCAGUGCCCACCGAACGUGGGUCCGGGGGACACCCUCAAGGUGACCAGCCCGGAUGGCUUCGAUGUCCAGGUAUCAGUACCACUGGGCAUUGGACCCGGCCAGCAGUUCGCCGUGUCGUGGAUGCGCGGCAGCCAAGACCAAAGCUUCUUGGCUGUCGUGUUUGUACCACAACUGUUUCAGGGCUCUGAGGCCCUUGCGAGAGGAGGCCACGUCGUCUCUUUUGCCACGCACUCGUGUGUACUGGCCAGCACUUCGAAGAACGCGCUGGGCCUUUGCUUUAUGGGUGAUACGCUGCAUCUUCAGCUGAAGGCGAAGGAACCGAAACAGCUUCUCUCCAUCACGCCGAUGCGCCUGAUGAAGAUGAAGGAUCGUCCGCGCGAGGGCGAAAGGCAUCCUCUGCAAGCACCAGCAAGUGAAGGAAUGGUCUGGCAGUGGCUUCCCUACUCGCCUGGCGGGCCUCCGCUACACUCGCCGGGCGAAUUCUCGGUACCCAUUGAUCAAGGCGAAGUAGAUGCCAUCCUCGCAGCCGCGGAGAAGGGGCAACCAGUGCCCGUCUUCACGAAGGAUGUUUCCAAAAGCAAGGCGGCAACUUCGGAGGCUUUCCUCCGCAAGAAGGAGGAAGGAAACGCAUUGUUCAAGGCUGGCGACUACCUCAAGGCUGUCCGGGCCUAUGACGCCGCGCUCGCAGAACCUUGUUGCGAUGGAGACGCCUCGAUCGCGCAGAGUAACGCUGCACAGGCAUUGCUGAAGCUUGCCGGCGAGGCUUCUGGUGAAGCGGCGCGCGCUGCAGCCGCCGAAGCCCUGCGCCGGGCACGGGAGGCCAUCUCCAAGGAUAGCACCAAUGCCAAGGCCUUCGCCAGGUGUGCUGCUGCCUGCGACAUACUUGGUGAAGCGGAGGCCGCAGCCGAAUUCCGCGGUCAUGCCGCGAGGUGUGAGGCCGCGGCACAGGCCACGAGGAAUCAGCGGAAGGCCGAGGAAGAGCAGAGGCAAGAGGCCAGACGUCAGCAGCGCGAGAAGCUUGCUGCUGGCCAAGAGGCAGAGCGCCGUCGUGAGGAGCUGCUGGAGCGCGAGCGCAGAGAGGAGGCCCUGCGGCAGGCAGCAGAGGACGACGGCAAGGCUGCAUCACGGGCAGUUGAAAGGAGAGAGGGUUGGGUUUCGCGAAUGAGGUUUCGGGGUUGUUCGGGGCUGAUUGUUGGAUGGUGUUUUUGGGCUGGCGUGUCGUCCCGGAUCACGGGCAAGGCCUGA